GUUUACUGCCAUAAUUUGACGUUAGCCUUAUCGCGGUCGAUUAUUGAAUUUGCGGAAUUACGCUUUACAAUUUAUAAGCAAAUAUGAGUGACUUACUUGAUGACGAUCUGGAAUUCCGCGGCGGUACGCUGCAGCUGUCUUCAGAGAAUAACGCUGAAGAGCAUGGUGGAAGUAGUAAUACACUGGGUGUUAACACAAGCAAGCCCUCAAUAUUGUCUGGUGCAGACUCGUUACCGUCGAAUUCGUCUACAUCGUCACUUGCCGGAAGGCCACAAGACCAAGCCAAUGCCUCAGCAGCACCACCAGAACAAACUGUAUACCCCCGCUAUGAUGUACCAUUCAACCGAGAGAACAUUCAAGAUUUCUUCACAUUCCGAAAGGGUGUAGUCGAGAGUGCCAUACAGGAGUGUAUCACUGUGCUGCUGUUUCCUGAGGAUGGGGAGUAUCUUGGCUCUUGGUUGUUGACAGAAAUAACCCUAUGGGACAAUGAGAAAGAGCGAAUAGUCCUGCUGACGUCCCGGCUGGUGAUGACCAUAAAGUAUGACUUCAUCGCCAUGAAGCAGCUGGACUUCAAGAAGACAUACCUCGACGACCUGGACACCAUCGUUAUUGGGGAGCUGGUGUACCCACCCUCCUCCUUAGUGCCUCGGUUGAACGGCAUAGCGACGGGCGUGUCCACGGUGGUGAAGGACGUCGUGAUCGACCGCCUGUGCCGGCGGCCGAGCGACGACGGGGACGCCAAACUGUUCGAUUACAAGUAUUUUGAACCUAGAGAACGUAACCUCCGCGGAGUCCGGCUGAUGUGGAACAAAGGGGAGCCGCUGCCGCUGAAGAUGGCGUGGAAUCCUUUUAGUCAAGACGUCCCUUUUAUAACCUUCGCGUCUCAUCCGAUUUACUGGCAUAAAGAUGACGAGGUCGAAGAGCGUUCCACAUACGACAUGGAAACCUUCGCACAGAAGUUACAAAGAGCUGUUGAAGCCAUGGCCUCUUCCUCCUGCUGUAUACACCACGCACCUAUAGUCAUACAGAGUUACGUAGGUGUGACGUCAAUGUUACACAAUAAGACCAGCAUGGGCUUCUUCAAGGUCAGAGGGAAGUUUAGUUUCUAAUUACCAAGGUCGAUGCGUAAAUGAAAUAAGUUUUGGUGGUAGUAGGUAUGGCGGGCAGGCCAUUUCGAAAUGUGUACACCACGCACCUAAAGUUAUACAAAGUUACGUAGAUGUGACGUCACUGUUACACAAUAAGACCAGCAUGGGCUUUUUCAAGGUCAGAGGGAAGCUUAGGUUCUAAUUACCAAGGUCGAUGCGUAAAUGAAAUAAGUUUUGGUGGAAGUAUGGCGGGCGGGCCAUUUGGAAAUGUGUACACCACGCACCUAUAGUCAUACAGAGUUACGUAGGUGUGACGUCUAUGUUACACAAUAAGACCAGCAUGGGCUUCUUCAAAGUCAGAGGGAAGUUUAGUUUCUAAUCACUAAGGUCGAUGAGUCAAUGAAAUAAGUUUUGUGGGAAGUAUGACGGAAGGGCCAUUUGGACAUGUGUACACCACGCACCUAUAGUCAUACAGAGUUACGUAGGUGUGACGUCUAUGUUACACAAUAAGACCAGCAUGGGCUUCUUCAAAGUUAGAGGGAAGUUUAGUUUCUAAAUACUAAGGUCGAUGAGUAAAUGAAAUAAGUUUUGUGGGAAGUAUGAUGGGCAGGCCAUGUGGAAAUGUGUAUACCACGCACCUAUAGUCAUACACAAUUACGUAGGUGAGACAACGUACGCAAUUAGACCAGCAUGGGCUUUUCAAGGUUAGAGGGAAGUUUAGUUUCUAAUUGCCGGACUAAGAGAUUUAUAUCUUUAACGUUAGUUUUUCACGGAUAUGUGUUAAAUGUCAAAAAGUGACGCCAUCUAAUAGAUCAACGGCCAAAGGUAUUACAACCUUUAGCCAAUGCCCGGUAAGAUGGCGCCACUUUUAGAUAUUUAACAAAUUGAAUACAUCAGUGAAAGACCAAAGAUCAAAGCCAGAUGGCGUUUCAAAAGUUUCAAUCAUGUGUCGAAAGAUGGCAGUAAAUUUACUGCGGCUACAAAAUUUUCUUUGAAAAUCCAACUCUGUUUCAAAUUAUCUUUGGCUAAACGAAGUUGCCGCUUUCCAGCUAUAACAUAGUAUACAGCCCUCGGGAAGUAAAUAAGAAAGCCCCAGAUCACGUUGUCGACAUUAUUUUAUUUUAUUUAUAGUGAUACAAUGUUACGAAGGUGUGACGUCACUGUUACAUAAUAAAACCAGCAUGGGUUUCUACAGGGGGGGGAGGCUUUGAGUGCUUAGUUUCUAAUAACCAAGGCCUAUGAGUUAUGGAGUUUAGUAUACAGGGUGUUUAUUUAGUCCCCUGCAAUAAUUUACGGGCUGAAUAUAUAGCUCAUAUUGAACAACUUUUACUAUGGGGUCCAUCCUAAAAUCGCGUUUUUUUUCUAAUAGAAAAUGUCAAUGUAUGAAACAGCCAAUUUUUUUUUCGCGAUAUCGGGGUUGGUCCUAUAGUAAAAGUUGAGUAUGACCUGUACACAUUACAUUGUGCAUUGUCAAAGGGAAUUUUAGCGUCUAAUAGGUUGGCGACUAUCAAAGGCUUGGAUAGAUGGCGCCAGCGUAGGUUUUACCUGUCUAGUUUUGUUCUAUAAGAUUUGGUUUAAAGGCCACCCAGGCCAUAACAUUAAAAAAAUUAAUUUAAAACCUAUGCUAGCGCCAUCUAUACUACACAUAUUUAAACAAAUUAUGACUCCGGUUGGUUAUGUAAUGAAAAUAGAAAUGAAAACUAAAUAUUAAUGCAUAAUAAAUAACGAAUCAUGUUUUAUGCUUUUGUAUAUGUACUGUUAAUGAAAUCUAAAAGUAUAGUUUACUAUAUAUUUUAGUUUAUGUUACCAAAGUCUAGGAUUAAUUAAUUUCUAAUUAACAUUGAUUUAGUUGCCGGUGUGGUGUUAAAAUUGUAUUAGUGAACUGAUUAUUUAUAUUCAUGAUAUUCAAACAUUUUAUUUAAUCUUCAUUGCACAAUAUAUGAAGGUACAACUGGCGGACUUAAUGCCUUAAGGCAUUCUCUACCAGUCAACCAAUGGGUUAAACAAGAAAAAUUAAGUAGGUGCAGUGUCUUUAAUAAUGGGUCAGGGGUAAAACUAUUAUAUUGCAAAUUUCACUGAAAUAGGGCGGAAUUCUUUAGGUACGCAAUUAUUAAAAAAAUAUCCUUUGAGAGAUUAAAAUUAGUACCAAAUACCUAUCGCAAACGCUAACCCAAAAUAAAUGUCAUAUACGAAAGAAAAAAUGACCAAGGCCUCCAGGCACGGUGACCGGAUGGCCAAGCGGAUCAAGCAUAUGUCGCAACAGAGGACGCUGGUUCGAUUCUAGCUCUGGGCUGUCUCGACGCUGGCGGCUUUGGUCAUUUUUUAAUGGCCUUGGUCAUGGUCUUGGUCUUGGUCAGAUCUAGAGCAGAGCCCAACUGGGGAAGUACCUCCACCUUACAGAAAACCGCAGCCAAAUAACACUAGACCCUACUCAUAGUGUUGUGUUCCUGCCGGUGAGUAAGGUUGCCAGAGCUCAACGAGGGGCGGGAGGGGGUUAGGGUCGGCAACGCGCAUGAUACUCCUCUGGAGUACUUACCAUCAGGCGGACCGUAUGCUAGUUUGCCACCGACGUAGUAUUAAAAAAAAAGGUACUUAAACAUACAUACAUACAUACUCCGUUGGCUCAGCGACCCAAAAUGAAAAAGCUAGAUUAAAUUCGAAUCAUGACCGUGAAUCCCACGAGGUUAAAUUAUAGCAAAUAAAAUAAAUUGUAUUUUUAUUUGACAUCUAAAUGACAGAUUAUUUUGGCAAUGUUACGUCUUAUCUUUUGGUAUUUAUCGCAAUUGCUAUUUAUAUAUUUUUUUAGCAUUCAUUCUGCGGUUUUCAUGUUACUAAGCAGCAUAUACCUAAAUUACCUAAAUACUUAAACAUUACAUAUGUAUGAUUAUAAUGUUUAUUUAUGUAUUUACUUUUAGGCGUUUUAGAACAGUUGUGCUAGUUUUUUAAUACUACGUCGGUGGCAAACAAGCAUAUGGCCCGCCUGAUGGUAAGCAGUUACCGGAGCCUAUUUCUCCAGCGAGUUUCUUUUAGACUUUGAAAAUAUUACCUAUUUUUAUUCAAAACCAGGAACGUUCAAAAACAUUCAUAAAUAUAAAACUUGUAGAUGAGUUUUAAUCAUAUGAAUAAAAAAAAAAAAAAAAAUUAUAGGACAUUAUUACACAAAUUGACUAAGUCCCACAGUAAGCUCAGUAAGUUGUGUUGAGGGUACUUAGACAACGAUAUAUAUAAUAUAUAAAUAUUUAUAAAUACUUAAAUACAUAGAAAACACCCAUGACUCAGGAACAAAUAUCCAUGCUCGUCACACCGUAAUUCAUCGUAAAAAAUACUUUACCUGCCUAAUACAUUGUUAUUAAAUAGUAACACACCGUUUAAAACUAAAUUUGGGCAACUUUUUAUCAACUUAAUAAAAAGAGAUACUCAGAGUAUACUGUACAUACAUUAUAUUAUUAAACACUAUGAACUCUAUGCUCUGUAUCUGUGGGUAUUUCAAUAAAAGUAAACAAAAUCUACCCUCAAAUGGCUCCUUAAACCCUACUGGCUUACUUACUACGGGUAGAUGAAAACAUUACAUGAUCAAAUAAUGUAGGUUAAAGUCAGGUCGUUCAGUGACAGAUCCAGGCGGUUUGGUAUUUGGUUGGUUAACCAGUAAAUGUUUUAACUACCCGAAAAUUGUUUGUUUACUUUUAUUUAAAUACCUAAAGAUACAAAGUAUAUGUACAGUCAGCAAAAUUAUUAGCUUAGCAUGUCUGCAUUUAAAUAUAUAUGCACGUCUGCUAAGCUAAUGGUUUCCAUACAAAUUAUUAUGAUAAGAAUAUACUUGGGACUUCGAUUUCAUCGUAUAAUGAUCAUUCAUACAUAUUACUUACCUCUACCUACAUUUUUAUUCGCGGAAUAUAACCUUAACAAUUUCGCGCGAUCAAGAGACACUACCAUCCACGAACACAAUAAUAUAAUGAUGGUUACUCUUCUAUCAUUAAUUUGUCAUUAUCGGACCUUCAUACUUCUUAAAAACUGACCGCCGUGAUGACAGAUGAUAAGCCUAAGCGUAAGCGUAAGCUAAGACGCAGGCGACGCAGCUCCACGCAGCGCAGGGCAGAGCAGAUUUUGUAAAGUAUGGAACGUCUUUGCGCCGCACCGUGCAUGGCUAAAGGACUUUCCUUACUUUACAAAAUCUACUCUGCGCUGCGCUGCGUGGAACUGAGCCGCUUGAGCCUAAAAUUGCAACCAAUUUAGGCCCGCUGGAUGGACAUACGAUUAAAUAUAAAGUAACGGUUCAAAAUACGUUUUUAAUCAUUUUCCACGCAAAUAUGCCGUGAUAUUAGUACAUUUAUUAAAAUCUAUUGUUACAUCAUGAAAAUAUUUAUUAGUAAUCGUAGCUUUUGCAUAAAAUCGGUGAUAAAUUAGAAUAUUGUAUUACGACCAUGGCCGCUAGGCAAUAUUAUAUGAAUUCAUUCGGGUGGUCUGUACGGUUACCAUGAGUUGUCAUUUAAUAUUGACGCUAGCAAAUGCGUGUACUCGAUCGCACUAGACAUCAGUGCGAGCGAGAUGGACUGCGAUAGAGGUCACGCAUUCGCUAGCGUAAACGUCAAAUGUCAAGUCAUUUUAGCCAUACUAUUUAGGAUUUGCAUAAUAAUUAAGAUCACCUGAACGUUACGUAGUAAGUUUGGAUUGCUAAAUACAUUUGUGCGCUCAGUAUUAUGUAUAUCCUGUAUAAAUGAGUUGUUUUUUUGUAACAGUGAAUAAAAGUAUGUAAAUAUCAUUAAACUUGUAUACUAUACUAUCCGCAAACCAAACUGAGUACCGAGUUCAUAUCACUAUUUCUUUCGAUCUUACCAUGACAUCGUAAGCGUGAAUGAGAAGUUUUACAACUCCGAUCGUCAAUUUGAUUUGCGGAUAGUAUAGUAACUGGAUUGGACCUUUAUUCCAAUAACUCUAGAAGCGCGAGAAGAAAAUAUUACCCAUAAAGAAAACAGGCAGAAUUUCUCGCUUUUUUGCCAUCAUUAAAUUAUAAUGGGGGCAAUUUCUUUUUCAUGAAGGGGAUGCUUAAACAAAAAUGUCGAGGGACCUCUCUCUUUGCUUUCUCUAAGGCUUGAACGGACGCUCGAGUUGGGCGUGCGGCGUGCAUAUUAAACAAAUGCAAACGUAUAGGAGCGGCCUUAGUGCACGCGCUGCUCACAUCACUUGUGAUCCUGACGCCACGCUGCACGCCCCGCCGAACGCUCCGCUUCGAGCGUCCACUCAGGCCUUACAUUAAAGGAUGAACUAUACAUAGAUAUAUGACUUUAUGGGUGCACAAAUGUAUUGUACUAUUGGUAGAUAUACUCGCGAAUAAUGUGUUCUUAUUAAGUCCUGCUUGAAAAUACCAAAAUUAAGUCAUUUGGCAGAAAUGUGUUGCUAUGCCAAAGUUUUUGUAAUUGCUUUUACGUUUAUUUGUGAUAUUGUAAAGUAAGACCUUUUUAGAUUAGUUAUAUUUAUUUUGAUUUAGAUUAUUAUUUUUGUCGAACGGGCCUCAUAGUUUUAUAUUAAUAAUGUUUUAGCCCAUGAUAAAACUUUAGCAUAAUAGAGUCAUAUUUAUUAUAUGUUGAGUCAUAUUUAUUAUAUACAAUUUAGAUAGGUAGUUAAUAAAGAUACAUUUGCUUUGUUGUUCAUAAGGUGUUUAAUGGUUACAGACACUGUAAAUAAUUACGACAGAAUUUCGACUUUAGAAAAAAACUCAAAAUAAUUAAAUAUAAAUAAUACUGUCAUUUUUAUUGACCUUGUCUGGCCUUUGAGUCUUGUCAUUACAAUUAUUACGUCUAAUGUCUUUAACUAUUACAAAUUAAAUUACUGAAUUGAAA